AUGUCCUCAUUGAAAGAGGUAUAUGAUCUUAUAAGUCAAGCGGAACUGGAGACAAGGAAUGGGAACUUGAAUGUUUCAAUCAACAAGUAUAAGAAUGCACUAUCAAAGACUAAUUGUCUCCUUAAGAUGUUGAAGAGCGAAGAUGUGGAAAAUGAUGUUACAGAUGCCAUAUUAAUGCUUCGAAAGGAUAUAUCAAAGACGAUCUUUGAAUUGGAAGAUUUGGUUUCCAAGCAGAGACCGGAUUCUAAAGUGGGCACUGUGAAAAAUCCUACAAUGUUGAGUUCACUGGCAAUUAAUCCCUCAAUGAAUGUUCUUGGAUUUUCCAAGACCUGGGAUAGUACUGUUAAUACUAAUACUAAUUUAGAAAGGAUCAAUCCGUAUAACGAUCCAAUUUUGAGAUCCAUUACAGAUAAAUUGCAAACAAACUUAUUAAAUUUGGUUAGUGAUAACGUACAAGUUUUCCAAAAGGGGGAUAAAGAAGAGUUUUUACAGACUAUUACGUUUGCUGUGGAACAGAAUUUUGAUAUUUUCAGAAAGGAAUUGGGGUUUUAUGAGCAAAAGAAAUUUACAGAAUACGACUCUAAUUUAGAAAACGCACUUAAAGAGAAUAAGAAGUUGACUAAUCAAAUCUCUAAGUUGAAAGAACGUUGGGACAGUUUAGUGGAAAGUGCAAGACAGAAGAAAAAACAAGUUCUUUAA